GAACAAAGUCAAAGGUUAUGUUUAGAAAGACUGCGAUUUGAAGAAGCGUGACCACCCGGUGUUUUCUUUUUGUGCAGAACUUUCAUCAUAAUGUUUUACUUCUCUUUUAUAAUAGUCAUUUUAACUUUAACAUGGUGUUCAUGUGACGAAUCACCUGUUGUUGAAAUGGGCUAUGUCUCAAUGAAGGGUAAGGUAUUUCAUGCAGCAGAAAGCACUAAACCUGUUUAUGCAUUCCUUGGAGUACCGUAUGCAUCACCGCCUGUGGGAGAUCAACGAUUCUCGUACCCGAAACGAUUGCCACCAAUGUAUGGUGAAUUUGAUGCUACCAACUAUCCUCCCCUAUGUCCUCAAAACGUUGAUGUUCUAGCCAAUGCAUUUUCAAGUUACCACUUUCCACGAAUGGACACUGAUGAAGAUUGUUUAUAUUUGAAUAUUUAUACUCCAACACUUGACCGCAAAGCAGAGUUAGCUGUAAUGGUGUGGAUUCAUGGAGGGGCAUUUAUGAACGGGGGAGCGAGUGCAUAUGAUGGAUCAGCUUAUGCAACCUAUCAGAAUGUUGUCUUUGUUGCUAUGAAUUAUAGACUGGGUGCUCUUGGAUUUUUGAGUACGGAGGACGUUAAUGCCCCAGGGAAUUACGGUUUGCUUGACCAGAAUAUAGCUUUGCGAUGGAUCAAAUCAAAUAUUAAGUACUUUGGUGGGGACCAAUCUAAGGUCACCAUAGUUGGAGAAUCAUCCGGGGCAAUGAGUGUAGGCUUCCACUUUUUAUCGCGGCAUAGCCGUGGCGUCUUUGAAAGGGGUAUUAUGGAAAGUGGUUUGGCAAACUGCCCGUUAGCUUACUCAAAAAAUCCAAAGAAAUGGGCUGCUGUCCUUGCUGAGGAACUAGGAUGUGCAAGUGAAACGACAAAGCAACAAAUCGAGUGCUUGCUUGAAAAGCCAGCCGAGGAGAUAGUUUACGCUAAGCUUGAUGCACCUGAUAAACCAAUUAUGGUCUUUACGCCAGUUGUCGAUAAAUACUUCCUUGUGGAUGAUCCUAUUGUGUUGGUAUCCAAGGGGAUGCUUCAUCGCAAUGACAUCUUGCUUGGUGUGAAUAACCACGAAGGUGGAUUUUCAUUAUUGAAAACUAGAGUUGCACCAGAUUUAACCUCACAGUUCUCAGCUGACAUGUUUCAACAAGUUCUUUUGGGCAUGAUUUCGGGAGUGAUGCCAGGAGAUAAUCAAGAUACUGUGAAGAAGAUUGCAGAGACAUAUCUAGGCAAUGAAGAAGAUGAUUUCAAAGCAUUCAUGCAAUUGACAGAAGUCAUAGGUGACAGCUUCUUCUUGACCCCUGCAGUGAUGUUUGCUAAUGCUCACAAUGCUGUUGGUGGAACUUCAUUCUUCUAUGAAUUCCAGCACAGACCGUCGUUUGCUGCAAGCCCUGAGUGGGUGCGAGCAGAUCACGGCGAUGAAGAGAAGUUUGUUAUCGGUUUCCCAUUAAUGAAUCAAGAUGAACAAAUACAUAUUAAUUACACUAGUGAGGAGGUUGAGCUCACUCAUACCAUGAUGACUUACUGGGCAAAUUUUGCAAAAUAUGGAGACCCUAAUGGUAUUGAACCAAAGGUCAUAUCUAUGGCCCCUGAUUGGUCUCCUUACAAUCCUGACGAGGGUAACUUUAUGAAGUUGGAUGUGACACCCGAGUUGGCCCAACAUUUAAAAGAAGAUAAAGUGAAAUUCUGGAUGGAAUUGUUUGCUGCUCUUCUGCCACCAAGCACUAAUAGAGAUGAGCUGUGAGGGCGCACACACUAUUAAUCAAUUUUUGGAAAUUUAUUGAAUACUGUAUUUGUUUUAUAUAAGUCUCCCUCCAAUUAAAGAAAAUUUUUGGGACUGAGUUUCCAUGGUCUUAGCAGCUUUGGUCUCUAAUUGGAAUAAUAAAGAUAAAAGACAUUUGUUCACUUGGGACCACAGAAAAUUGGUCCAUAAUUGGAGGGGUUUUUCUUGACACUAUAGAGUUUGUUUGAUCUUUGUGGGUACUGUAUGUUGGAUGAACUCAAACAGAAUAGGAAGAGUAGAUAGUUGGCAAAGGAAAACAGUAUAAAAGAAAUAUAAAAAUCAACAAAAAUAAUGGCUUCCUGAGGCAGGAAUAGAGCUGAGUAUUCAAGUUGAGAUUGUUGCCUAGUACUGGGGUGGUUGCAGGGGAUGCAGACAGUGUGAUCGCACCCCCCUAAAUUGUGUUAUAAAAAAUAAUUGUAUUGUAUUGUAUUGUUGAUAUAAAUUACCGAUAAGAUUUUUAAUGUAUGAGAGUGCCACCUAGAGGUCCUUAUUCUCAAAAUUUUCUUACCUCAGCCUGAACCAUGGUCGGGCUGAGGUGGUGUGGUCUCUCACGCACUCAUACCGCUAGAUCCUGCAUCCGCCCCAGUAGUAUGAGUUGAUUAUGCAAGUCUCUCAUCAAACAACUGUUGUUCUCAGGGCAAAAUAUGUUCAAAAUUAGUACAAGUCAAUUGCACUAAAUAUCAACCAAAGAAAGUACUUGCAGUAUUAUUGUUUCCAUCAAGUGAACAUUGGAAGUUAUUAGCAAUACAUUUUUAUGGUCAUGUUGUUAUUGUUGUUAUAUUAUUAUUUUGAAUUUUAUUUUCAUAUUUUGAAAUUUCUGUUGUGAUGAUACUCACACUAGGUUAUUGCUUCGUUAUAUUCUGAUUAUCAAUUGAUAAUUACUGUACCAUUAAAAUAUUUAAUGUGGAAAUAAAAUUAAUAAAGUUACAUUGCAGUUGAAUUUUAUAAUUAUAUGAUCCUUUCCAUAGCAAAUAUCUCCUUAACUAUGCAGUUGUUUGUAGGCCUAUGUACUGUAGCUGCUACGCUUACCGUAUCUCUGUUUUGGAAACUUUAAUGCAGUACUUAUGUGAGAGCAGCACGUAUUACUCGUAUCUUGUUUAAAUUGUACCGUGUAUUGAACAUGGGCCUAUCUAACAUUAGUUUUAUUUUAAUUCCUAAGAACUUGGUUUUUAAAUGCUCUAUGUAUUUUAUUUUUAAUUAUAUUAUUGUAAUAUAACUUCAUUAGGUUUGAAAUAAAUCAAUUUGUAAAAUGUGUGUGGCGAAAACAGAUAAUUGAUCCCAAAGUUCAUGCAAGUACAAUAUUUAUUAACAAAUAUUAUUUUUUUAGAGCAAUAACAUAAAUGGUGAAAAUGUCUGUUCCAAAUUACAAUCCGUACUACUACUGAGGUACUGGCCUGUAUCCAUGAUUUAAUUAAAAAAUGCAACUGUUUUAUAUAAAAAUGGUUUUAAACCCAAUAAAUACAUGCAUGAUAUAACAAAUAAAUAAUAUCAUGAAUCUGUUUCUUUGUGAGUUAAAAGGGAGUUCUGGAGUAUAAUGAAAAUGUAUAUAGUGUAUAAUAAAUACAAAAAUAAAUACUAUAUUAUUUCAAAUCUUCACUUGCUAGGUAGUCUCAAAGAAUUCAUUAAUAUUCAUGAGUUCAGUUCUUUCCGAAUGUGUAUCAAUAAGCAGAAUCAGUGUCCUUGAAUUCACUGCCUAGGCUAUGGCAAAUUAAGAUGAAUUUGCUUUUGGUUUUUUUUUUUUUGGCGUUCUUCACAACCGAGCUAGAAGUUGUGAUAACCUUUACCAAUAACGUCUUAAUUCAUCAAAAUACAUUAAAUAGAAAUUUCAACUCUAAAACUCCCCUUUAUUACGAACUACACUAUACUUUUUUUUUGUUAUAAUUAAAAGUAUUUGCAGUAUAUUGUUUAUCUCUAGUAAUAACUGUAAGAACGAAUUCAUAAAACUGUAUUUAAUUUUGCAUUUUUCAAAACUUUCUUUUCCCUGGGUGACCUCGUCAGUGUGUAGCAUUGAUAUCCGCCAGGAUCCAGCAGAGUAAACACAUGCACAUACAGCACCACAAGCUUGAUUAACUAUUUUUUACCUUUUAUAUUAACCUUAGCACAAUAUAUUUGUGAUUAAAAUUAUCCAAAAGAGGACCAUCUCUUAUAUACUAAAUUAAGAGCACCUUAUAUAACUUAAUUUACAAAGAAGUUGAUGAAAAUACUGUUUAAUGUGAUGAAUAACUGUUUUAGAUGAGGCCUAUUUAAAUAUUAUGGA